CAGAGACAGGUCAUGGCAGCGCCGGGCGGCAGGUCGGAGCCUCCGCAGCUCCCCGAGUAUCGCUGCAGCUACGUGGUGUCGCGGCCAGUCUACAGCGAGCUCGCUUUCCAGCAACAGCACGAGCGGCGCCUGCAGGAGCGCAAGACGCUGCGGGAGAGCCUGGCCAAGUGCUGCAGUUGUUCAAGAAAGAGAGCCUUUGGUGUGCUAAAGACUCUUGUGCCCAUCUUGGAGUGGCUCCCCAAAUACCGAGUCAAGGAAUGGCUGCUAAGUGACAUCAUUUCGGGAGUUAGUACUGGGCUAGUGGGCACGCUGCAAGGGAUGGCAUAUGCCCUACUAGCUGCAGUUCCUGUUGGAUAUGGUCUCUACUCAGCUUUUUUCCCUAUCCUGACAUACUUUAUCUUUGGAACAUCAAGGCAUAUCUCAGUUGGACCUUUUCCAGUGGUGAGUUUAAUGGUGGGAUCUGUUGUUCUGAGCAUGGCCCCAGACGAACACUUUCUCGUAUCCAGCAGCAAUGGAACUGCAUUAAAUACUACCGUGAUAGACAUUGCAGCUAGAGAUACAGCAAGAGUGCUGAUUGCCAGCACCCUGACUCUGCUGGUUGGAAUCAUACAGUUGAUAUUUGGAGGUUUGCAGAUUGGAUUCAUAGUGAGGUACUUGGCAGAUCCUUUGGUUGGGGGCUUCACAACAGCUGCUGCCUUCCAAGUGCUGGUCUCACAGCUAAAGAUUGUCCUCAAUGUUUCAACCAAAAACUAUAAUGGAAUUCUCUCUAUUAUCUAUACGCUGGUUGAGAUUUUUCAAAAUAUUGGUGAUACCAAUCUUGCUGAUUUCAUUGCUGGAUCACUCACCAUUGUCAUCUGCAUGGCAGUUAAGGAAUUAAAUGAUCGAUUUAGACACAAAAUACCAGUCCCAAUUCCUAUAGAAGUCAUUGUGACGAUAAUUGCUACUGCCAUUUCAUAUGCAGCCAACCUGGAAAAAAAUUACAAUGCUGGCAUUGUUAAAUCCAUCCCAAAGGGGUUUUUGCCACCUGCACUUCCACCUGUGGGCUUGUUCUCGGAGAUGCUGGCUGCAUCAUUUUCCAUUGCUGUGGUGGCUUAUGCCAUUGCAGUGUCAGUAGGAAAAGUAUAUGCCACCAAGUAUGAUUACACCAUCGACGGGAACCAGGAAUUCAUCGCCUUUGGGAUCAGCAACAUCUUCUCCGGAUUCUUCUCCUGUUUUGUGGCCACCACUGCUCUGUCUCGCACGGCAGUCCAGGAGAGCACUGGAGGAAAGACACAGGUUGCUGGCAUCAUCUCUGCUGGGAUUGUGAUGAUCGCCAUUGUUGCCCUGGGGAAGCUUCUGGAACCCUUGCAGAAGUCGGUCUUGGCAGCUGUUGUAAUCGCCAACCUGAAAGGGAUGUUUAUGCAGGUGUGUGACGUUCCUCGUCUGUGGAGGCAGAAUAAGACUGAUGCUGUUAUCUGGGUAUUUACAUGUAUAGUGUCCAUCAUUCUGGGGCUGGAUCUUGGUUUACUAGCUGGCCUUAUAUUUGGACUAUUGACUGUCGUCCUGAGAGUUCAGUUUCCUUCUUGGAAUGGCCUUGGAAGCAUCCCUAGCACAGAUAUCUACAAAAGUACCAAGAAUUACAAAAACAUUGAAGAACCUCAAGGAGUGAAGAUUCUUAGAUUUUCUAGUCCUAUUUUCUAUGGCAAUGUCGAUGGUUUUAAAAAAUGUAUCAAGUCCACAGUUGGAUUUGAUGCCAUUAGAGUAUAUAAUAAGAGGCUGAAAGCACUGAGGAAAAUACAGAAACUCAUAAAAAAUGGACAAUUAAGAGCAACAAAGAAUGGCAUUGUAAGUGAUGCUGGUUCAACAAAUAAUGCUUUUGAGCCUGAUGAAGAUAUUGAAGAUCCGGAGGAACUCGAUAUCCCAACCAAGGAAAUAGAGAUUCAAGUGGAUUGGAACUCUGAGCUUCCAGUCAAAGUGAAUGUUCCCAAAGUGCCAAUCCAUAGCCUCGUGCUUGAUUGUGGAGCUAUCUCUUUCCUGGAUAUUGUUGGAGUGAAGUCACUGCGCGUGAUUGUCAAAGAAUUCCAAAGAAUUGAUGUGAAUGUGUACUUUGCAUCGCUUCAAGAUCAUGUGAUAGAAAAGUUGGAGCAAUGCGGGUUCUUCGAUGACAACAUUAGAAAGGACACAUUCUUUUUGACAGUCCACGAUGCUAUACUCUAUCUGCAGAACCAGGUGAAAUCUCAAGGGGGUCAAGAUUCCAUUUUAGAAGCGAUCACUCUUAUUCAAGACCGUAAAGAUCCCCUUGAAUUAAUAGAAGCAGAGCUGACUGAAGAAGAACUUGAUGUCCAGGAUGAGGCUAUGCGUACACUUGCAACCUGAAAGCAGGCUCAGGAGGUCUCUAUGAGCAAGGACUGCAAGACAAAACGUACCCACUAAUGUCCUUCUAUGCAAACAUUUUCUGCAUUGACUAUUUCUUCAGACUUGAAACACUCAUUCUUUUUUCUAUUACAUUUUUAUAAAUCUUUGAUUUGCUUUAACCCCUUAACCAUUGAAAGAGAAGCACUAAGACUGUUUCUAAGCUCUAUUUGUAAAAUAAACACCUUACCCCUAACAUGUACAAAAUGGUGAGAAUUCCCCAGAUGAUUUGGCAGCAUUCAGGAUAACCUGGUGUUAUAAUAUGCUGCUGAUCAGCAUCACAGUAUUGCUAAUAAUGUUCACUUGGGUACUGGCAUAUCUCUGUUCAGUUAGAGUGAGUGCUGACCCAACAGCCUCUGUGGUCAGGUGAGUCAGGAAUAAUUAAUCAUAAAGAAAAAUCAAUUUUUGACUGACUUGGAUAUCCAUGAGUU